AUGGAUUCACUGAACAAUGUCACGCUGCGGCCAUGGCCAGCUACCGAAAAAGAAGAGCUGACUCAGGAAGACCUAUUGAUCAAGAUUGAGCAGCUCGCAAGCGAACGGGGCCAUUUGCGCAACAUCACCGAACAGUCGCUGCAGCAAGACAUUGACGCGGGAAAACACGUGCCCGACGAUGCCGACGACACAACCAAGCAGGAGGACAAGGACAAGGAUACGGAUGCGCCCUCCCGCCAAGAGCAAGCAGAAAAGGUGUUCAAAGCAGGCCAGGAAAUGUACAGCCACUUGGAGUGGGCCAAGUUUGCUGCUACCAAUGCGCUCGACCUCGUCUCCCUCGUCCUGUCGCAAGACCCGAAUAAGCGCAGCCUCAACUUCUUCAGCCCAACCUUUCGCGAGCAGGGUCUGAAUCAGGGCAUCCCUCUCGGGUCGUUUGGAAUGAGUCGGGAGAAUCAUGAACACCGCAUCCGCAAGCCCGAAGAGCAGCAAAGGUUGCAGGAUGUCGAGGCAAGACAAGAGGUUGUGGCACAAGGCGCACGUAUGGACGCGCUCGACUCGUCAGUAGAUGAAAUCCUCAAGGCAGCAAAACACUUGGAGAAGGAAAUACGACGAGAAACAAAGUACUGGCACCAGAUUGUGUCCGUCUCAGACAAGGGCUGGCCUAUUCAGCGUCUGCGCCAAAACGUACGUCACGCGCCUUUUGCAGUGCGCUAUGGACUUCCAGAAGCGAGUGAUCACUUUAAAGCCCGUGGUUUCGCCCCUCUGCAAAUGGACAAGGAUGGCAGCAUUAUUCUGGAUCCGGCUCUUGCCCUAAAACCAAAGAUACUCCGCGUCCGAAUCAGCGUCGAUGGAAAGAUCACUGGAACAUCUCAAAUUUCAAUUGACACCGAGCUCGCCAAUCAGUCACUGGAGAAGUCCAUUCAAUUGGCACGAGAUUCAUUGUUCGAAGAAGAGCUAUAUUACGAGAUGAGCUUGGAGACGCGACAGUUGUUGGCAUACGGGGUCGAAUUCCGAGACUCUGUCAUUUAUGUCGAUGCGCCUCAAACGGGCAGCCUGUCGCAAAACCGCAAGCUGCUUAUCGAUUGCGUACCCCGAGACGAUCCUAUACCGAGCAGCCAAUCUCGCGAGUACGACUGGCUGGCUAAGAAUAUUGCCGAAUCACUCCGCCUUUUGCUGGCUCACGAGCAUAGCAUGCGUCUCUAUCGGAGAUCACAGCUCCCGCCUCCAUUAACAGGAAAACCACGUGAAAAACAACCACCGCCAUUGCUCCGUACACUCCUUGCAGUCCUUUAUCACAUUGAGGGCGUGGAUUCGCUUCACGCCUAUCUUGGAUCCGUCGCGAAGACUCUCCAUAGCGCUGGUCUGGACGUAACUUUGGAAACGACACGUGAGAAUUCUUGGGCAACUCUUGUCGGAAGCUUAGAAGCAUCAUCCAGGAAAGGCAUAUCAGCUACUGAUCAGCUCUUUGAGAUUUUCAUGAAGCCGUUUGGCGGAACUGCUACUUUGACCCUCCCUACUUCAAGCGGCGCACAGUCGGAGACCCUAAGUAUCAUUACACGCACCAUCAUUGGCCAACCCACGUUCGGCACCGAACACCGUCUAAGUCUUCCGUCUACGCUAAGCUCCGAUCUUGGAUUGUUCCAGCAGCAGAAGUUUGCUACUGUCGAGGAACUCAAGUCGUAUUUGGACUGGAUCCUUUCGCUCCACGUUGCUCAUCGAUUACUCAAGAAUGACUACCCUUCACGCGCGCAGACCAGAAGUCAAGAUGCGCGACUCUCGAUUCGGACAAAGGACGCGAAGAAAGGUGUUGCAUCAUCAAAGGAUAUCAAAGUUGAUUUCAAUGACGGAAAGCUCAAGAUUGCAAAGUUUGCUGCAGAUACACCAGAGGAAUCUGAGGAUUCGGAACAAUCGCGCACCUGGGUUGGGACAGAUGGUAGCACCUCUUUAAAAGAGGUUGUCAAGAGUUGGGUUGGAUGA